CGUAUGGUGGAACUUGUAUGCGCAAUAUGCGUUCAUCUCUUUCCGUAGCACGUGCGCUGGGAUCGAUCGACCGAGUCGGCCUCUUUCGAGUUUCGAGUCAGUAUACGCGAUAGCUUGUGUGACGGCGAGUGUCAGUUGAGUUUGUUGUGCGCGUGUGUAGUCGCUCCUAGCUAUCGAUCCGUAGCCAGACCGCAUUGCUGUACAUUCCGGAGGCGGUGCCUCGCCUAGUUUUCGUCGAUCUCCGACGUGACGGACGCGUGUCGGCGUCGGCGGCGGCCCGGACUGCCCUGCGCAGUAACAGCGCGGGAGAGACGGCCCUCUCUUCUGCCAAAACCGAAUCGCUGUCCGCGGCGGACGGCUGUGAUGUAGCCGGGGCCGGUGAACGUGCGGCCUUCGGACAAAGGAACCGCGACUCUAUAUUCGCGAUGAAGAAGUUCACUUUCAAGGGGGUGUUGGACGGGUUCCGCAGCUCGGUGCAGGCUGCCCCGCGCGGGACGGAACAAGAAAUACAGGAGACGCUGCGCUCGGAGCACUUCCAAGUUAAAAAGACAUUCCGCCACGGCUUCCCGUUCUCCCCCACGGCGCUAGCAUGGGACCCGAUACAGAAGCUGCUCGCUAUUGGAGACAAGACAGGCAACCUCAGGAUUCUAGGCGGGCCCGGCGUGGACGCUCACGUGCGCCACGACAACGGCGAGGUGGUGCUGCACGCCAAGUUCCUGGUGAACGACGGCGGGCUGGUCACCGCCACGGCUGACGACCAGCUGCAUCUGUGGACCUUCCGCCAGAAGCCGCCGCAGCGCGUGCAGUCGCUCAAGUUUCAGAGGGAACGUAUAACCAGCCUGCACCUGCCGUUACAAUCAAAAUGGAUCCACGUGGGCACGGAGCGCGGGAACGUGCACGUGGUCAACAUAGAGACCUUCGCGCUGAGUGGCUACGUCAUCAACUGGAACAAGGCCAUUGAAGUAACGAGACCAAACCACCCUGGAGCAGUGGUGGAAAUCAGUGACAACCCUUUAGAUGCCAGCAAGCUACUAAUAGCAUUCGAGAGCGGUCUCGUAGUAGUAUGGGACUUGCGCGCCCGAGCUGCGGAGUGGCGCGGCUGCCUCGGCACGGGCGGGCCGGGCGAGGCCGUGCGCGCGGCGGCGUGGCAGCAGGACGGCAAGUUCAUGACGGCCCACGCGGAUGGAGCCCUAGCUACCUGGACUACGAGGUCACCACGACCCUCGUCGAUGUCGUACCCACAUGCAAAAGCAAACAAAGACGGAAAGCUGGAGCCCUGUAAACCAAUACAUAGAUUAGAAUGGAAAACAUCAAGAACUGGCGAGAGCAUGGUGAUAUUCUCCGGCGGGUUGCCCACGGACAAGGCGGGCCGCACGCACAGCGUGACCGUGCUCAAUGGCAAGAGCACCACAGUACUGGAGAUGGAGCACAGCGUGGUUGACUUCGUCACGCUCUGCGAGAGUCCACACGCUGCAGACUACCAAGAGCCAUAUGCCAUAGUGGUGCUACUGCAGAACGAUCUGGUGGUGAUCGACCUGCAGUCUCCCGGCUACCCGUGCUUCGACAACCCCUACCCCAUGGACAUUCAUGAGUCGCCCGUCACCUGCUGUUCCUACUUCGCGGACUGCCCUUCGGAUUUGAUACCCGCAUUCUACUCAGUAGGUCGGGCAGGCAACAAGAAGGCCGCUGGCUUCAGUGAGAAGCUCUGGCCGAUAGAUGGUGGAGAAUGGGCGCCUGCUUCUUGCUCAUAUAGCGAGAUUAUACUUACUGGGCACGCAGAUGGUAGUGUAAAGUUUUGGGACGCUAGCGCGGGAACUUUACAAAUUUUAUACAAAUUGAAAUGUUCAAAAGUGUUCGAGCGGCGUAGCGGCAGCGGCGCGGGCGUGUGCGGGGCCGGCGCGGGCGGUGCCGGCGGGCUGGCGGGGCCGAGCGGGCUGGCGGGGCUGGGCGGCGACGAGGACAGCCCGCUCGGCAUCCAGCACGUGGCGCUGUGCGCGGAGUCGCGCCGGCUCGCGGUGGCGCUGCCGCACGGACACGUCAUGCUGUUCAAGUUCCGCAAGCAGGAGGUCACCGCGGAGACGCACGUAUUAGAAAUCCCUGUGAUAUCCGAUGCAGUAGAAGAGGAGGCAUCUCCCGAUGCGGAGGGAGGACGCUCCGCAUCUUGCGGGCGAAGCGAAGACGAAACGAGACGGGCAAGCGGGGCGGUGUGCGGGUCGGCGGGCGGCGCGCUGGGCGCGCGCGUGCGGGGCAGCGCGGGCACGGGCGGCGCGCGGCGGGCGCCCGGCUUCCAGGCGGCACUCGUCGCGCUGCAGCUCGGGCCCGCGCACCCCGUCGCCGCGCUCACCAUCAACUCGUCCUAUGGCCUUAUGGCGUGGGGCGGUGAGCGCGGUAUCGUGGUGGUGGACAUCUGGCGGCGCGUGGUGGUGGCAGCGCUGCCCGCGCACGCGCUGUACCUGCCCGAGCCGGCGCUGCGAACCGACCGCCCCGACCGCCCCGACCGCCCCGACCGACACGACCGACACGACCGCCGCUCGCCGGACCUCGACCAGCUCGAGGAGUCGCCGGGGAGCCCGGAGCCCGCGGAGGAGGCGCCGCCCGACCCCAAGCUCGACAUGAGGCGCAAGUCCACGCCUUGGAAAACGUUCAACCUAAAACGGCAACUUUCAAAAGUCGAUCUCAAAUUAAAAGCCGCUUUUGGUCCCGUCGAUAACGAGGACAACGUCGAAAAGAGCAACUCUCAAUUCUAUUGCGAGCCCACGGAGAAACCGGACAGCGCUCAAGAGUCGAACAACGACUCUCCGGAUGGUGAAGAACCUUCAGAAAAAAACACGGAAGAGGACAAAAGUCAAUUAUCGUCGCCGUUGCGCGUGUGCUCCGAUGUCUUCGAGAGAAUGCACAAAGAACUACAAGAGAAAAGAUCAUCCGACGUCUACGAUAGAAUGCACAAAGAGCUGCAGGAGAGGUGGCAGGACAAGGAUCGAAUAGAGACUUCCAAUGAAGUGUCGCCUUCGAAACUCGGCGAAGACGAAAAAGCCGUGCGACCAGAUAAUCUUCCGUUGUUCGAUGAAGACGGGAAACCCACGCGUCCGCCGCGACAGAAGAGCAAAAAGAAAGACGAGAAGGAUCAAAGAGACCAAAGGCUUCUAUCAGUACCGAACAUAAAGUACACGAAACAAGAUUCCGUAAAAGACUUGCGGAAGAAGCAGCCGAGCCAGCAGGGUCAGUCGUUCGCGGGGAACCUGAUGCGGCGUUUCAGAGAGUUUGUAGCCAGACUUUGCCCGAAAAACGAAGCGAACGUUGGAGACGACAAAAACGAAGAAGUCAUAGAGGUGCCCCACAGGAUAGGCCGCGUAGACAAGCUGGACAGCUCGUUCUCUCGUUCACGCUCCAGCAGCAUGUCAAGCUUGGAGAACAUAUCGCAGGAAGGAAUCCAGUGUUUGGCAUUCGCUGACAGCUAUAUCAAGAAAUCGGAUCCUACAUCGUUGGUCCCGACGUUGUGGAUAGGCACAACACUGGGGUCUGUGCUGACGAUGAUGAUCAACCUCCCAGAAGCGGACUUGCGACACACGCAACCCGUAGUUGUUACGACUAGUGGUGGUCCCAUCUUUAGGUUAAAAGGGUCAAUUUUGACCAUGUCUUUUCUCGAUUGUAAUGGUGCUUUAAUUCCCUAUUCAUAUGAAAGCUGGAAGGACGAUAGUAAAGAUAACCGAGAGCGAAGAGAAAGAACACCAACAAAGCAGAGUUCCUCGGGCAGCGGCAGCCACACGAGCCCCACGCCGCUGGAGGCCGGCGACCGCCAGUUCGUGGUCAUCGCGUCCGAGAAGCAGGCGCGCGUGGUCGCGCUGCCCAGCCAGAACUGCGUCUACCGGCAGCAGAUCGUCGACACCGACUUUGUUGUUAAAGCUGAGAUUGUGAGCUUAAAAGAUAGCGUGUGCCUCGUGAGCUACCUGUCGACGGGCCACCUGUCGGCCUACAGCCUGCCGUCGCUCAGGCCGCUGCUACACGUAGAUUUUCUGCCGCUCUCGGAGCUCAGCUUCCAGACACAGUCCAAACAGAGGGGUAUCGUAGACCCAAUGCUCUCCAUUUGGGGCCAACAACUCAUUGUUAACGAGGACACGGACCAAAUAGCGAAGACGUUCUGCUUCAGCAACCGCGGCCACGGGCUGUAUCUCGCGUCGCCGACUGAAAUACAGAAAUUCACCAUUGAUGCUGAAUUCUGUUCACAACUAAACGAGAUGAUGGGGGAGCUUUUCCUGCCGCGCGACAUGCCCGAGCCGCCCAAGGAAAGCUUUUUCCGCGGCCUCUUCGGGGGAGGGGUCAGGCCACUCGAUAGGGAAGAGUUAUUCGGCGAGGGCAGCGGCAAGCCGAACCGCACGGUGGCCAAGCACAUCCCGGGCGCGGAGGGCGCGGCGGGGCUGGCGGUGCGCGCGGGCGCGGCCUCCAGCGAGGUGGCGCGCGCGCACCAGCUCGUGGUGGAGCGCGGCGACAAGCUGUCCCACCUGGAGGAGCGCACCGAGCGCAUGCACUCGCACGCCGCCGAGUUCUCCACCUCCGCGCACCAGCUCAUGCUCAAGUACAAGGACAAGAAGUGGUACCAGCUGUGAGCGCCGAGAGACCGCUUCGGCUUCGACGCGCCCGGCUGGACGCUCCCGCGGGCUUUCGGGAACGAUAAUUCGAUUACAACGGCACACUCGCCGAGUCGAUCGGUUUGAAUUGUAUCUCGAUGGAGUUUAGUAACGUUGAAAUGUUGGUGAGGGUGAAACGUUUUAUUCGAUUAUUGUCUGAAGGGUUGGGGGCCGCAUCGCGCGGGCAGUGGGGCGCAUCGCGGCUCGCCGUAGAGCUUAGCCUCUCGUAGUGUUUACGAUUUUACCUCUUAGAGUAACACAAUUGAACGCACAACGUUUCGUCACUCGCUCAUCUUAGAGCACGUAGUUGGGCCGCCUCGGUCUCCGCUCGCGAGCUGCUCGCGAACUCCCGGAGAUCCCCCGCUUCUUCCCCCGUCGUCCCAUCGUAGUGUUAAAUCGCUCCCGGCUUCCCCCGUCUCUCGCAGACGCCCUUGUACAUACCAUUCGCGUUCCGCGACGUGAUAAUGUAAAUAAGAUACACUAAUGUAAACUUUUUGUACGAUUAUUCGUUAGCGUCUCGGUGUCCCGCGACCUUGUGGCGUCCCGUGGCAGAGAGCGAUCGGAAAUGUGAUACAGUCUAAAGUUACUAUGGUGGGAAUUUCGACUGAACCGGUCGGCGAAGGACGCUCUGCCGUUCUUCGGUUCUUUUGUAUGGCGAUAUUUUGUUGAGAUGGAAUUAAGAGUAACGUUAAUAUACAUAUAUAUCGCAUCACCCGAGAUUAUUUAAUGUCGCUCCUAUUAUAAUAUUAUUCUAACUUACGAGUAGGUACGUUUUUGUAGCUACGGACGUUCGUAAAUGAAACGACGACUGCGAUAGUGAUAGUCGACGUCGAUCUGUAUAAAGUAUUGUUAAAGAUAAAUGAUUAAAAUAUGUUUAAACGAUUGGAGAUUUAAGCAUUGGAUGACAAUAAUUUUGUUACUCAUGUUGAGAUUACUUUGACACCGCGAGGUGUAUUUCCGUUUCACUUCUCGUACGCUUUACUUUUACUAUUAUUUAUUUACUCUAUUCUCUCUCUCUCUCUCUCUAAUGCACACGCGGUUGAGUUGUUCUGAUAUGAUAAAUACUAAUUUAAUUACGUGUACAUAAAAUAUGCCUUAUACGAUUUAUCUUCAAGUUAAUUAGUUGUUAAUUAAUAUAUCUUUAUGUAUUUUUAUAAAGCACACUUCUUAGUCGUUCGGUAACGAAAUACGCUUAGUGAUAAUUUUAAUAUUAAAGCGUAACCUGUGGUCGGGGCGCGUCGCCCGCGUAACGAUAGCAAUACUAACUGAGGGUUGCCAGCCUCAAGCAAACCAGACCAAUCGGUGUCGUAUCGGUGUCGCUAGAUUAAACUGCUAUGUUAAAAUAAUGUAAAGUUAUAACUAAAAGCGUGUUGUAUAUUGCUGAAUUAAGCGGCCGCGCCGGCUCUCCGGUCGGGCGGAAUGUGGGGAGGAGAUAUUUAUAAUGUAGUAACUAAUUUUUCCAUUAUGUUGAAUUGUGGCAACUGUUAGUGUUCCGCUCGGCCGGCGAGUCGAGCGAGCUCAGUAUAUAUAAGUACAGUAGCAUGGCCACAGCUGACAGUAUGGCGGCACUCGGCGGUACCCAUGACGUAGCGCCGCUCGACCCUCUCCCGAACCCGACACGUCAUCCGCUAAUGUCGCUAUGUUCAUUGAAUUGUUAUAUUUUAUUGUCCGUUGUGUCCUCGGCGAUGUGUAAAUGUUGGAUGCCAAAGUUUACUAUUUUGAAAUUGAAUUUUGUAUAUAAGAAUUAUUAUUGUUAUAAUAUUUGUAAACAUAUUUUAUUUAGUGAAUUAUAGUUUAGUCAGAUCCGCGUGCGACGAUUAGAGUUACCUAUAGUGACGUGGAAUUAAUGCGAUGAAUAUGAUUGUAACUAAUGUUGUUCCGAAAUAAAUCAUUAAAGUUGAAUAUUUUAAACUGAGUAUUUUGUUACGAGCGCAAGUAUACAGUCGGUUGCAAGUUGCUUUCGAGAAAUGAAUAUUUUCGUAUCGGUGUUUACUAAUUUUAGCGGUUGCAUAUUACUGAAAUAAUAAUAUAAAUAGUACAUAGCUGAAUGUAUUGCGUUAUGAUUUAGCGUAGAUUUAUCUUUCAGUCCUCUAGCUAUCUUCCCCCUAUGAAUAUUUCGGGCUCGUCGAGUCAUUAGGACAUUUCUAAAUUGAAGAACACAAUCAUGUCAUCUCGCUUGCACUUAUAUGCAUAUAUUUCUAUGUUAGAGGUAGAUGGCACUAUUUGAGAAAAACUCAUUUUAUUGACAUUUUAUAGCUUCCUAUCCAAAUUAUGCUUUCUUAAAUACAAACGUAGCAUGUCAUCACUCAUCACUGUGGCAAAGAUUAUGAUUUAUUUAUUUGAUGUAAGUAUUAUCGUCAAAAUCUCAUCAAAACUAACAAAUCUCACUAACGUACAUAUUUAUCUAACGUAGGUACUUAUAUAUUUAAAUGUUUGUUGCAAAUAAAAAUUUAGAACACUGUGGUCUCAUUCGGUCAUUACUUUAUUUGAAUUUAUUUUAUUUCACUUGAAAAUAUUUUUAAACCAUAAUAUUAUGUCCGAUAAUUUUCAAGGCUAUUAAGGAUCUUUCUUAAAUAUUAGGAAAAAAUAAUAUCAAUUAAUCUUCACAUACAUCAUGAAAGCACUUUAUAUUAAGAACAUCAUGUCUUUCACUUGCGAACUUCCAUAAUACCACGUACAAAAGACCAUAAAAAUCAUUAAAAACAUUUAUCUCGAUCGAAUUAUAAUUAUAAAUACAGGCAACUUUGAAACUAAAAGUGUUGGAUAGUAGCGUUCUUAACGUACAAUUUAAGCCAUUUGAAACAAUUGUGCCCAACGGCUAUGGUUUCGAAUUAUAGGGGAUAAUGAUAAGUGUUUACCCUUUGCGCCUCUCUUACAGAGUGUGAAAAUAAAAGAUCCCUUAAGAUGUAUUAAAAUUUAAAAGAUUGG